AUAAAAAGAUCUUUUUAUUUUUUCUCGUUCAUUAUUCGCUCUAAAAUGAAUCCAUUGCUUUAUUUACCGGUACUUUACUUUCUUAGCUGUGGAUCAGCUAGUACUAAGUUUGACCGACAAUUUACUGAUGAAGAAGCAUUAAAAAUAUUUCAUCGGCAUCAAGAUAAUAUUCCAAAUUAUCACAAGACUCAUUUAAAAACAUACUCGUCUAACCGAGCUAAAAGAGAUGUACGUCCAGUUGAAUUCGAAAUUGAUGGAGAAACCUAUCGUUUGAACUUACAACCCAUUAAAUACGAUGUCAUGUCUACUGAUUUACCCGUAUGGAUUGCUGAAACUGAUCCAAAUAAACCAACAGGACGCACGUUCAGACGAGUUGAUCCAAAAAGUAUAAAAGUCAAUGGUAUGGUUUAUCAAGAUGCUGAAAAUGCCGCAACUCUUUUAGCUUACUAUAAAAAUGAUUAUAUUCAUUAUGAUGGGAUAUUUGGAGAGAGUAGCAAAUCAAGGGUUGUCCGAAGCAUAUUGGAAAAAUGGUACACCAGAGAACCAAUGGAUCAUUUAAUUGAUUCCCACGUUGUUUAUGACGUUGAGUCAAAAUUCAAGUCUCAUGAAGAUGAAGAAUUGGUAAAAAGUAUGAUGCAUAUAAAAGAAAAUGUUGAAAGACUGAAAGUACCAUUAGAUGUUAUGUACCCUAAGCUAUUACUGGUUAUAGAAUACGAACUUUUCAAAUUAUUCAAUGAAGAUGUACAAGAAUUAAUAAGAUAUCAAACGCUCUUGUGGAAUGCCAUUAAUUUAAAAUAUAGAUCUGUGGAAUCACCAAAAAUAAAAUUAGUUAUCACUGGAAUCGUCAUAGCAAAAGAUUAUACAGUCUUUCCAUACAUUUACAACGCCCGGAAUGAAACCGAAAUGAACAACAUUAACCAUAUAAAAUUAUUAGUUGGUGGAGCAGAAUAUUUCAAAGAAGUUUUCCCGAAAGAACUUGAUUUUAAGAAUUAUGAUUCCUCUAUCACCCUUAUAAGUUCUACGUACGAUACAAAUGGAGUCGCCGGUUCUGCAUUUCCCGGGCAAAUAUGCGGAGAUUAUUAUAACACCGGUUUUAUAGGAGAUGACGCGAAUUUUGACGGUCUCUUUACGGCUGUUCAUGAAAUUGGACAUUUGUUGAAUUUGCCUCACGAUGGCACAGUAUGCAAAAACAAAUACAAUGAAUCUAUUGGUCACAUUAUGGCUCCAAAAACUCAGUGGGUAGAAAAAUAUGUAUGGUCAAAGUGCAGCAUAGCUGUUCUUCAAGACUUUGCGUCAAGGAAGAUAGCUGAAUGUACCAAAUUUAGUCGUCGGACAGAAAGACCUUAGUGUUGAUUAUUUUAAUUAUAAUAAAUCAUAC